GCGUCAGCUUGUACUUCCGGAGUCACGACCCGUCGUCCACCAUGUGCAUGGUGGAAAAGUUGUCACGCAGCCGCCUUUAUAUACAACUUGAAUGAGAAGACGAAACUCGCUUGUUGUUCAGAAGAGGAGACUUCGAUAGGACGAGGAGGGUGUCAGGCCAGCUGUCACUUGUAAAAAGCCAAGCUAACGAGCCCGGUAGUUAGCUAAAGGCUGUCUGUCGCCAUGGCUCUGUACUUAAAAGCCGCUGAGAUCCUGGAGAAAGCCGAGAUGAAGCAGGCCGCUCUAAAAACUCUGGUGUACGACAGCAAAUUUGUGAACAUCAAGCAGCUGUUCGCUCUGGUUUGUGAGACCCAGAAGUAUUCCUCCGUCCUGCAGGAGAUCAUCGAGUCCACCAAGCUGCUCAAACAGACCAAGCUGAGGAUGCACAUGGCCAUGGUGCUGGUGCACGACCUGGUGAUCGGCCAGGGGCUCAAGUGCGGUGGCUCCUGGAAGACCAUGAUGAUGAAGCACCGGCCCAGGCUGCAGGCGGCGCUGGCCCGCAUGAAGGUGAAGCAUAAGGUCAGUAAGAAUGAAGACCUGCUCCCGGACCGCCUCAAAGUGCUCCCAAAGGGUCGGCUGCCCAGGUAUGUGCGUGUCAACACCCUGAAGACAACUGUGGAGGAUGUUGUGGACUACCUGAAGAGGGACGGCCUGACCUACCUGGGCAAGGCCUCCAGGCUGGAUGACUUGACCCUGAAGGAGAAGCACUUUGUGAAAGACAUACACCUGCCAGAGCUGCUGGUCCUCUCUCCUCAAACAGACUUCCAUGACCACUUCAUGUACAAGGCCGGUCACAUCAUUCUGCAGGACAAAGCCAGCUGCCUCCCCGCCUACCUCCUCAACCCACCACCUGGCAGCCAUGUCAUCGAUGCCUGCGCCGCCCCAGGCAACAAAACGAGCCACCUGGCAGCCAUCAUGAAGAACAAGGGCAAGCUGUUCGCUUUUGAUUUGGAUGCCAAGCGUCUGGCCACCAUGUCGACUCUCCUGCUCCGGGCCGGGGUCACCUGUCAGCAGCUGGCCAAUCAGGACUUCCUGAAGGUGGAUCCUGACAGCCCGCAGUAUAAAGAUGUCGAGUAUAUCCUGCUGGAUCCAUCCUGCAGUGGAUCAGGUAUGGUGUGUCUUAGAGACGACACCUCCUCUGCUGACCAGGAGAAGACUCAGGCUCGCCUGGCAUCCUUGGCCUCCUUCCAGCUGCGGUGCCUGAACCACGCCCUCAGGUUCCCUCGGCUGAAGCGCAUCGUCUACUCCACCUGCUCUAUCCACAGCCAGGAGAACGAGGAAGUCGUGGCUGCCUGUCUGCAGCAGAACCCCAACUUUAGGUUGGUUCCUCUGCUGUCUCAGUGGCCUGAACGAGGCCUGGAGCCGCUCACUCAGUGUCUGCGUGCCAGCACCAGCAAGACCCGCACACACGGCUUCUUCGUGGCUCUGCUGGAGAAACACAGUGAGGCUGGGAACACGAAGCAGGAGCCUGCUGCACAGAUAAGCGUCAUUGAGGCGGCACCACGCAGCGAGGUGGAGGCGGCACCAUGCAGCGAGGUGGAGGCGGCACCACGCAGCGAGGUGGAGGCGGCACCACGCAGCGAGGUGGAGGCGGCACCACGCAGCGAGGUGGAGGCGGCACCACGCAGCGAGGUGGAGGCGGCACCACGUAGCGAGGUGGAGGCGGCACCACACAGCGACGUGGAGGCGGCACCACACAUCCCGUCCACCUGUGUAAAGAGACCUGCAGCCUCCGAAGAAGACGAGUCUGAAGCUUCAGAGGCGGAUGAGAAACUGACACCAGCAGCAACAGAACAGGCCGACAGCACACCUGGCAAGAGGAAGAGGAAACGGAAGAGGAAGAAGAAGAAGAAGAACAAGAAGGCAGCAACAAUGGAGUGAUGAGAAAUGAAAGUGGGACUGUUUACAGCUUGUUGUCUGGAGGGGAUCUGUCAUUUUGUAACCGAGACCUGUGGGGAAUGUAAAUGAAAAAAGUAAAUAUUUUUUACUGUA